UUAAAUUACGUUGCACCAAAAUUUUAAGUUCGCAUCUUAGCUAAGCAUCAGAAUUUGUCUGAAACGAUCUGGCAACACAGAAUUUUAUCAAAUGAAUGCCAAUUUUACUAAUGAAUCGCGUUACCGAAGGUAGGUACCUAAUAAUUGCAAACUGUCAAACUUGAUAGUUACUCCACAGAAUAAGGCCUUAUUCUAUAAGUUACUCGUCAUUGCCCCACCGAACCGUGCACCGAACUUGUUAGACAUCGGCCAACAUGCAUUCUAAUAAAAAAAGAGUGAAUUACACUCAAGAAGAAAAAAAACUAUUAAUUCAUUUGGUUGAUUCAAAUAAAAAUAUCAUCGAAAAUAAAGAUACAAACGCCGUUUCAAACCAUCAAAAAGAUGACGUUUGGAAAAUUAUUGAGCAAAAUUUUAAUAAAAAGUGUUUCAACGUCUUUCGUGACGCCAAUUCUUUACGGAAGCAGUGGAGCAAUAUGAAGCAGGACUCAAGAAAAAAGGCGGCACUAGAAAGGCAGGAGCUUUACAAAACUGGUGGAGGAGUUGCUCCUGCACUUUCUUCGAAAAAUUGUGAAGCAAAUGAACAAUUGGUUUUGGAUAUAAUAAAUAAGAAGACAGUCCUUGGUCUAAGAAAUGAAUUUGAGUCUGAUGUAAUGAAAGAACCUAUAUUAGAUCAUCCAGCAGAGGAUAUUCUUGGAAUGCCGAUUUUGAUAUCUUCCAAGCCCAAUCAAGAAGAAAUUAACAUAGAAAUACCGUGUACAUCCAUUCCUGCAAUCAUGCUUGUAACAACUGAUCCAAUUCCCGAAAUUGCUGCACCAAGUUGA